UGAAUAUUAAAAGUGGCCCUCGAUAAGUACUAAUGCUUCACCUUCUGUUGUCCCCUUUUUAAGUUGCAUUCAAGGAGCCAGCUGCUGAUUAGACGGAUGAAUGUCUGCUGUUAUAUUGAUCCAACAUGGAGGUUCCGCUUGCCAAAGAUUUCCAGUGGCAGUCAUUAGCACCCCUUUCUAGUCCACGAGUUUACUGUUCACUGAUAGAAGCUGGAGGACAAAUCUUCGCUAUUGGAGGAUGUGAUGAUACAGGAAGCCCAAUGAAUACUUUUGAGGUCUUUUCUCCUGAGAUCAACCGUUGGACUAGCUUGGCGCACAUGCCGUCUGCUAGAGCUGGAGUUGCAGUGGUUUCUGUGGGCAAGAGAAUCAUGGUGGUUGGAGGAGUGGGGGAAAACCAGAUGCCUCUUAAGGUAGUAGAAGUCUACAAUAUUGACGAGGGCAAAUGGAAGAAAAAGAGCUCCUUACGUGAGCCUGCCAUGGGCAUAUCAAUCACUGCCCGAGAUUGCAGAGUAUAUGCUGCAGGAGGAAUGGGUUCAGAUUUGCGUCCGCAUUGUUUCCUUCAGCAGUUUGACAUGUUAAAGGAUAUUUGGGUCCAUUUUGCGCCAAUGCCAACACCUCGCUAUGGUGCUACAUCCUUUCUACAAGGCACCAAAAUGCAUGUAUUAGGAGGUAGGCAGUCUAAGUAUGCAGUCAAUGCCUUUGAAGUGUUUGACACUGACACCCGUUCCUGGACCAAAUUCCCCAAUAUUCCCAACAAAAGAGCAUACUCAACAUAUGUGAUAAAUGAAGGAUCCCUCUACAGUUUAGGAGGAUUACGACAAGGGGGAACAUACCGACGGCCAAAAUUUACAAAGACUGUGGAUAUAUUUGAUAUGGAACAAGGUGGCUGGAUGAAGACAGAUCGUUCCUGCUUUCUAAGAAAAAGAAGAGCUGAUUUUGUUGCAGGGGCAAUACAUGGCAGAGUUGUUGUGGCUGGAGGUCUUGGAAAUCAACCUUCAGUUUUGGAAACAGCAGAGAUCUUCCAUCCAUUGAAGAACAGGUGGGAAAACAUAAGUCCCAUGCCCAACCCACGAUGUGCUUGCGCCGCUAUCGUCCUGAAGAACAGGCUGUAUGCUAUUGGCGGAGUAAACCAGGGCCCCAGCUCUGCAGUAGACAUGCUGAGCUUAGUAGACUCUUGACUAAGGUGUUUGCAUUUAGUAUGUUGUAGGCACUGUACAGUAGGUUUGUUUCAGAGUGUGUGUUUUAUACUGUGGGCAUCAGACUGUUUGCCAAGCCACGUAUCCUAUCCUGUAUGCAGGGCAUCUGGAAUUUCUGUGCAUACAUGAAGAAUGAGGUUGCUAUUGCCAAGGGUGAAAUUCAAACGAUGGAUUUAAUAUUGAUUAUCAAACCAUUUUCUAAUUACUUCGAGGUGAUUUUGGGGUGAUAACUGACCAACUGAAAAAUUCUAUUGAAAUGUUUACAAGUUUUUAAUCUGUUAUGGAAAUAUUUUUACAUUGAUCUGAAUAUUGUCUUACAUCCCGCAAAGUUGUUAAUCAUAUGCAAACCUAUAUAAAAUGAGAGCCAAUAAACAAGCAGUAUGUACCCUUCAAAAUACAUGGUUUA